UUUAGAAUGCGUUUUCUUUGUGUUUUGCUACGCAGUUAAAAAUUAGCAAAAAGUUUUUAUACACGUGAAGUUUUUAUAAUUUUGUAACCCUUUUUUACGUUCAUUGCUUCGUUUAGUUAAGUUCAACACCAUUACGCUGGAAUUAUUACGCUAAUGUUAGUUAAAGAUGCCGUGGUUCUUUCCUUGGAGCGACGGGAUUAAAAAAAGGUCCUGCAGAUAUCUUUUGCAAAGAUACCUGGGCCAAUUUUUAGAAGAAAAAUUGACCUUAGAUCAACUAUCAGUUGAUUUAUACAAUGGAAUCGGUUCCGUAACAGAUGUUUCCUUAGAUGUCCAAGCUCUAAAUGACUUGGGCGAACAACAUAAUUGGCCGAUUGAAUUCGUCGAUGGAUUUAUAGCCGAAAUAUCCGUCUCUAUACCAUGGUCUUCUUUGUUAAACGAGUCAAGCUCCGUGGAAGUCCAUGGUUUGAAUUUAGUUAUACAGCCUAAAGCUAGAUCUGAUUGUGCCACUUCUUCGGUAUUCGAAUCUAUGUGGUCGUCAAUGACGAGUAGUAUGCAGUUGGCUGAAGAAUGUCUGAAACAAACUGAGCAAGAGCAAGAGCCCACCAAUAUUGUCAAUGGCGUUGAAGAGUUCGCUAAAACUAUAGAUUCUAUAUUAACCAGAGUGAGAUUAAAAUUCAUCGAUUCUAUCAUCAGACUAGAGCAUUUACCUAAAGAAAGUUCAACGGGUGUAGCGAUCGAAGCUCACAUAAAAGAGUUCAGUUACUACGAUGAAACCAGUACAGAAGAAUCGGAAGAGAGUGCAACGAAACUAUCAUCAGCCUAUUCAACAAAAAUGUUUUCUUUCGAAGGAGUAGAGUUUUAUUCCAACGAGUUUCUCGCUUCAAAUCGUACCAUAUGCCGCAGUCUUCUCAGUGAAUCUAUAUCGGGUGAAAACGAUAUCUUCGAGAAAAAAAUCAGCCACCAUGAUAUCAUCACAAUAGGCAAACUAUUAGGAAAACAAGAAAUAAGAAUGAAAGUAAAACAGAAAGAGAACUUCACUGGUCCUAAAGUCGAUUUGGAAAUGAGUUUUAGUUCAUUAGUGAUGUUCUUGUCACCCAGACAAUUACGUACAAUUGCCGAAUUAAUUGGCGGUUUAAUGUCACCCCAUUUACAAGAUACGAGUAAUGUCGUCAGUAGAUCUCGCUAUAACCAAAAACCGAUGACAUCUUUCGAUUUCGAAAGAGUUGAACAAGAAUUAACGCAACAAAUAAAUCCAACCAAUUUAAAUACCUUCGUGUCAAAAAGCCUUCAAAAUGCUACGGGCUGGUCGACCGGUGGCAUCGAAGACGAAAGCGACGAUGAUUUUCAUCCUGUAAAAGGACACGCUUGUAAUAGUUUAACAUCUAGUGUGGCAAAUUCUGUUUCUUCAUCGUAUGGUAGUAGUGUCAGCAGUUACCAGUACAGCAAUAAAAUGUACGAAGCUUAUGGAUCUUCUCAGACAAGACCUCAUCACAGUAAACAUAAAGAAAAAGGAGGUGCCAGUGAACCGGAUUUUAGUGGUGAUAUUAGCGUAUUUCAAUUAAGACUGAAUUUCUUGACUGUUAUAUUACUUCACCAAGAUAUCCUGGUGACACAAAAUGAAUCAGAUCUACCAUCACCUGAUCUCGUUGAAGAAAUGAAAAACAUAGCCAAUCAGUUUUUUACCAAAUAUAUCUCGUUGACAGCGUCGUGUGGCGGUAGAGGUGAUUUUCAUAAUGCGAGGAAUGUUCUGCAAAAGGCUAUACCAGAUAGAAAUCAUUUUAGGUUGUAUUGUACUACGAAUACUUUGAACGCCGAAGAAAAAAGUAAUUCGAUGAUACUUGAAAUUCGUGGAUCGUUAACAAUGGCCAAUGUUGAACUGAUCGAGUGCCUUAUGGAAUUAGAUGACAAUAAGAACGAAUUUGUCGAGUUGGUCUGUUUCAAUCGUCACGAUAACUUCACAGCAAACGAGUCAGCAGGAGUGUUUUGUCAGCCGGACGUUAAUAUUCAUUUUAAGCAUUUCAAUAAUUCUAAACAUUUUUCAACGCCCAGUAAAACGGAAUUGACUGUAAAUUUACAAGAUUUACGUUCAGAACUCGAUGUUACCAUUAUCGAUAGACUGUCAGACAUAAUCGACAAUUUCCACCUUUUAAUGAAUUCCCUGGAUAAAUUCGCCGAACGAUCGAAACCAAUUUUCAACGACGUUGUGACAAAUUCAGCAGUCGAAAGUAAAUUCGAAUGGAAAAUUUGCACGCCUUUCUUAGUUUUAAAACUACGAUUCCCUGUGCCUAAUUUACGAUCGGAAUUACUUCCCGAACGGUCGUAUUGGCAUAAGAGGGAAGUCUACGGUGAUAUUUUAUUUGUCGAAUUGAGUGAAACCAGUUUUCAAAAUAUGUCCGGUCAUCAGUUAACGCAGAAUUAUGAAAUGCAGUGUAAAUCUGUCAGAGUUCUAUUUCAAGAAGCCAAUAGUGAUAAACCGAUUCCAUUUGUUUUGUCCGAAGUGGAUGAAAAAUUCGGUAUGUCUUUACCGAAUGAUGGAAGAGGAUUCGGAUGGCCUAGAAUGGUAUUGAGAAUAUACCCGAAAGUAGGCUACAUCGAAUUAGAAGAAGAAAUGGACGACGGACCGGAGACAUUAAUGGCUCAGUCGAUUAUGCAGACGCAAAAACAAGAACCGUCCCCAUUUACCAAUAAAAUGAUCAUGAGGGAAAGUGACACGUCGCAUUUAAGAGAUAAUAAUCCGUCACAUUCGAAAGAAAGUGAUCCUCAGAGCUCCAGAUCUGGCUCCAACAGUGAAGCUGAAGAAAUCAUCUUACCCGGCAGCAAAGAAGAAAUCGGAGAGUUUAUCGAAGACGCGAGUCACAACGCUUUGUUACAAGUUGACGUUACUUUACCCUCGGUUACCAUUCAAAUACCUUCUAAGCAUUUUUACGAAGUUAUUUAUAACCGAUUCAGUACUGAUCUCGCCUUAUGGAAACCUCGUUCGUCCAAUAAAACGUCUUCCAGUCAUUUCAAAGAUUUUGGAGGUCAAAAUGUGAAUCUUAAUUUUAAUCAUUCGCCUAGUAUGUUCACGAGUUUUUCGAUGUGCAAAUCGACUGCUCAAAAUCAUACAGAUAGUGAAGAGGAAGAUGAUACACAUGACAAUCUUCUGUAUUCCGACGAAAAAGUUAGCCCGGAACAGAAAAAUAAACCGUCUGGACCACAGCAGAGUCAAAUCGCUAUAUCUUUAUUUGCCGCCCAUGGUGUUUUAGAUGUGUUUCCUCAUGCGAGGGAAUCUUCUGGUAAAGUAAUCCCCGGACAGUUCGGAGAAAUUCAGCUCUUGUUCAACGAAGCGAAUCUUUUCUACGUUUGUGGCUACAAAGGGGAACCUUUAUUGAAUUACGUUUGUCUGCAAAUAAAUCACAUAUCUUUGUACCAUUGUAGCUUGAUCCCAAAUAAUUGUGAAAUAUCAUUAAAAUCGGUCGAUUCGUACCCGACAAAAUAUGUUAUACCGACGAUUUAUAAGUCGUCUAGCGGAGCUGUGAUAAAUGAAAACGGAUCGCCCGUAGGAGUAGGAAGUACCACCAGUGAUGACAUGUUAACUUUGGCUGUUCGUGUCGAAGGUCAAGAGAAUAGAUUUAAGAAUAUUUGUGUGGCGAAUAGUUUAAAUGGAAUCACCAUUAGGCAUAGAAUGAAACAACCGUACACCAGUUGGCUAUCGCAAUUGCUAGAUUUCUUCGACGUUAUCGAUUAUCCCAUAGCGCAUUAUCAGCCUUGGAAAGUAAUGACAGCUCUUCACCAGCAGCUCUUAAAUUGCGUUAUUGAUUAUAGGCCUAUCAAUUUACCUCUAAGGGCAGCUCUGGCUGUGGAAAAUUUCAAUAUAUCGAGUAACAUUACGUCCAAAACGCCUACGUCUAUUUUACGAUUCAUCGCCGAAGAAGCUUCGUUAUUCAUAUCAAAUAAAAAUUGCGACAAAGGUGAUCAACCGGAAGAUUUAUCCAUUGACUUAAGAAACGAUUACGUUUGCGUUGUAGAUUUAGGAUUAUUCGAGCUAUCUUUGAGACUUACGGAUAAAGGAGAUGGUGAUCCCCAAACUGACCUUCGGGCUUCCAAUAACAUGGUACAUAUCAGAACAUGCGCAGAUUCAGCGGUAGCUCUUAUGGAUUUAGUGAAAUAUAUCGCAUCGGAUGGAGAUCUAGCAGAUACAACCGUUGAAGACGAUUCGAGCAGCGUCAAAAAACCUCCCACUAGCGAAGACGUCCUGGUAAAUUUUAAACCUGAGAAAGUCGUCGAAAAUGUGAACGCUGCACCUCGCAUGAAUCUUGGAGACAUCGCUGAAACUGACGAAGGCGUUCAUCAACUCGUCGAAGAAGCCAUAAACGAUACAAUCGUAUUUAAACCGAAUAAACGACGAAGCACGUAUCCAAGACGAGAAGAUCCUAGUAAAGUAGAAAUGUUUUUCUUCCCAGAUGAAGAAAUGACGUCGUACACUUCGGAGGUCAGCCAUACUUAUACCGAUUCGCAAAGCUCGGAGGAUGAUUUAGACGAAUUCAUCAUGCUAGAUAAGGAAAUCGGUAUCGGAUACAUGGGCCAAAGUAGCGUACCGGAAGUUCGUUUGUUGACCAAAGAACAAAUUCGAGUGGUUGAUAACCAUUUCAAUGUCCCCGUGAGCAAAGUUGAUGAUCUAAAAGCACCUAAAACGUACCCGGAUGCUGUUUCUAAAUACACUCUGAGAGAAAUGACCGUUGUGUGGCAUAUGUACGGUGGUCAUGAUUUCAACAAACCGGAUUCCAGCCCCGAAUCUUCUGCGGUAAAGAAACAAGUUACCAUCGUGUCUGAUAAAGGCUCAAAUCAAGACCUAUCUUCAAUCGCAGAAAACCGAAGACUAUCGAGAAAUUCUUCAGUCGACAGUAUAAACAUAAUGUAUUCGGCUAAAUCGAACGAUUUGCAAUCGGUUAACUUCGUCAUUCCGCGAUCUUCGCCUCGUUUAAACGAUAGUUUCCAGAACGACAGUCCUAACGUGCUCUACGAUCGACAAAAAAGCCUCAGUUGGCAAGCCCAAGGUGGCCCGAAUCGUCAACACGAUACCUUAAUGGAGCUCAGACUAGCUAAACUGAAAUAUCAGUAUGAGAUUUAUCCGAAGAACACGAAGCAAGCAUCGAGACAGGUGUUGUUGGUUCAAGAGGUGGAAAUACGAGAUCGUAUGGCAUCGUCGAAUAUAAAUAAAUUCCUGUACUUGUAUUCGAGUAGCGCCAGACCGAAACAAUCUCACGCGAAUAUGGUCGUCAUAAAAGCUACGAACAUCAGACCUGAAGCUAACGUUCAUCAUUAUCAAGAAUGUUGUCUGAGAGUUUCGCUGUUACCGCUUCGAUUAAAUAUUGAUCAAGAUUCGCUUCUGUUUUUAAUCAAUUUCUUUAGCGAGAUCACCGGAGGAUCCAAAGAAGAAGAAGUACCGCCUGGUGGUAAUUCAACUCCGCCUAAACCGCCUCAACCGAUCAUGAAUAUAGAAAAUGUCAACGUUGACGAUUCUUCUUCUUUGAUGGUUCAAGUGGACGAAAACCAAUCCUCCGAUGUACCUACUUCGUCCAAUUCACCAAUUUUCAUAAAGAGCUUUAUAUUUUCACCUGAUGUACCGAUCAGACUCGAUUACGAAGGUAAACGUGUCGAUAUGAGUCAUGGACCACUGGCUGGUUUGAUUAUGGGUCUAGGACAGCUCAACUGUUCCGAGUUGAAACUCAAGAAAUUAUGUAACAGACAAGGCAUUCUAGGCAUUGAUAAACUUAUUACGCACGUAUUAACUGAAUGGUUGCAAGACAUUAAAAAGAAUCAAUUACCCAGUAUAUUAGGAGGAGUUGGACCUAUGUAUUCAUUGGUUCAGUUGUUCCAAGGAAUUCGUGAUCUAUUUUGGUUACCAAUCGAGCAAUACCAAAAAGAUGGUCGAAUUAUACGCGGUUUACAAAGAGGAGCGAACUCGUUUUCGACUUCGACCGCAAUGGCAGCUUUGGAAUUGACCGCCAGAAUCGUUUACGCUAUUCAGCGUAUAGCGGAAACAGCGUUCGAUAUCGUGUCUCCGGGACCAAGUAUACGACAGUUGCGGUAUUACGAACGUACUCAGGGCAAUAAAAAUGACCAUCGUAAGAAUCGUCGUCUGCAAAGAUACAGUCAACCGGCUGAUAUUCGAGAAGGCGUAGCUACAGCCUUACUUUUAGUGAAAGAGGGUUUCGGCGAAACAGCCCAGACACUGGUACGUACUGCGAGCAUCGAACACGAAGUCAAAGGAACCGUCGGAGCUGUAGGCAGCGUCAUCAGACAAAUCCCUUCGACGGCGCUCAAACCGAUAAUUCUAGCCAGUCAAGCCACAUCGAACGUAUUGGACGGAGUCAGAAGUCAAUUAGUACCUGAUGCCAGAGCCGAGGCAGCUUUAAAAUGGCGCAAUGAUUAUUUUUAAUCGCUUCGUCAUAUAACCAUAACGACAUGCUUCAGUCUCUUCUUCCCCACCCCGAGCUUUUCCACCUCCAUUUACCCCUGCCCCCGAGGUUUUUUUUAUCCCAAUCAAUAACACCAGCAGCCCGAGCGGAUACAUGGCUUAGCAAUGCUACUUUUUUUUUUUCGUUUCGUUUUCAUUUUAAUUUUGUGAUAAUUUUAAUUGUUUUUUUUACGCGUGAGUUUUUGUAUCGAACAGGUGAGGGUUUUUUAAAAAGGAAAAAGAGUUUAAAAAAUCAAAAUAACUUCGCGAUUGUUUGGUUGGGGUUGUUUUUAUUUUUUUACAACGUUGCUCGUCGCGCUAUCUCGUUCAUAAUUCAUACUAAAUAGUUGCGGUAAAGUUAGUGAAUUUUUUGCUCACAGUGUUUUACGAUGGAAAAAUACAUAUUUUAUUUUAUAGUAAUAAAUUUUAACGGCAGUUUUUUUUAGCCUCCUGUUUUUAGUCCGUUUGUUAUUAUUUUUAUUUUAAUAAUUUCUUUCUUUUUUUUCCAAUUGUAACGAUAUUGUUUCCUUUUUUUUUAAUUGGACCUUUUGUUCAAAUAAAAAUAUUUUAUAAAAUUCCA